AUGCCAACCCACUGCUGCCUGAGGCAAAGCUCGGAACGCAAUCCGAAAGAUGUACCUCGAUGGCAUCGACGUUCGCUGGAGACCUAUUCCAUUUUCCAAGUUGCGGAGUUAUACCUUUUCCCGAGUGAUUCUGGUACUAUAGAAAGGACAACACGCCCGACCAUUGAUGAGUUCCUGGACGUUUUAGAGGGUUGUCCUGCCCUCGAAAAAUUGGAGAUACUAGGAACAAGCCCAUCUCUUGAUGAGCGCACUGCUACUUACCCGGAGCCUGCCCGUCGCACUCAUUUGCAGUAUUUGAAGAGCCUUCGGCUCUUCGAGAAACCCGUGCACGUUGCCCAUAUCCUUGCACAUCUGAUUAUACCACGCUCUGCCGACAUCGAGCUAAUGUACGAUUUCGGCACGGCGUCUGAUAUUAUGACAAUCCUACCUCGAAACAUCGACGGGCUCCAAAUUCUCUGUAAUGCAUCCAUCCUGGCUAGGUCGGCAUCCACAACUACCCGCUUGGAUCAGUAUAACACUUUAUGACGGCUCGGGGUCCGGUGGUCGCGUGCAAUUUCAUCUCACAUGGAGGGGCGUAGACACGAGUGUCAUUUGGACCGCGACGAAUGUUCAGGUACCCCGCGCACUACCACACAUAUUUGGUCGUUGUCCGGUGCUCACCGUAGAAUGCCACCUCUUUUCGCUGUCUGUUGAAGAUUGGAUGAACUGCUUCUCCAAUUUCCCGCAACUCGCGCAGCUUUAUCUCUUCGGUUACCAUGAUGGGCCGAUGAAGCAUUUUCCAAACGUUCCCCAGAGUAUUCGAAGCACUUAAACCUCCUCCUGAUGGGUCAGAAGCCCUUCUUUGUUCGAGUCUCUCGUGCAUAAAAUUGGAUCGGCUAAUUAUAUUCGCCUCAUUUCGUCGCAGUCGCUAGGGACUGUCUUCGUGCACGUGCAGAGAAAGGACCUAUCCUGGAAGAAUUACACAUCUCUCGACAGUUCGGUGACACAGUGAGUCGGAACCCGACUCUGACGAUUCAGAUUCGUCACCCAUUUCGUGAGCUAUGUAGGGGAAGUUUUUCAUGCCACCAUUAGUUGUCAGGUGAACUGACUUUUCUCGUCAGCGUUCGCUCCGCCCCACGCAUGGCUACAUGGGACUUGUACACAUUCGUGUCAAUCUCUCAAUUCAUCUGCAUGUACAUGAAUGUACUUGGCCAACCCUCUGUUCGUUCAGCAAUGAAAGACAUUCGUAUCUAAGGUCACUAUU